GCGGCAGUUUGAGUUUGACUAGUUGGAGGAAGACGGACUACAUAGACCCAUUGAGGGUGAGCGCUGCCUUUGCACUCCCCCUAGGCAAUGUUACUGUUUUUUUCUCUGUUCGCGAAGUGGUUGGAAAUAUGACUACGCACUCGUGCAAGACUGAAGCUCCUGAAGCUGAUGCUGUCGUCCCAUACAUUCGUCGUCGCGUGGGCUACAUCAUAGAUGGAGGGAUGAAACAGGCUACCUACAGAGACUUGCAGAUGAUUGCCAGAAAAUUUGGCAUACCACGCAAUUUGAAGAAAAGUGCCCUACAAAUGCUUAUCAAGGCAAAUAUAGAUGGUAGACACCAAGAAGCGAAUGCAAUGUUAAAAAGAAUUCAAGACGCCAGACUGAAACGCAAGCUGAGCCGUACAGGCAAGAAAUUAGGAAGAUCUUCUGUUAAAACUCAAGUGGAAAUAAACAACAAUGAACCAAAUACUACAAUGGUACAAGCCAAAGAAUCCAGGAAAAGUGAAGUUUCAGAACUGUUGUGUUCCCUGCUCAAAAUGAGGCCUACCUCCAAAGUUACAAUCCAAAAUACAAGUCUUUAUGCCCGCUACAGAGCUUUCAGCCAUGGCAACUUCAAUUUGAAAAAUAGCUUAGGAUGCACCUCAUCUAUUUCAAAUGUCACCUCAGUACAACAGACUUCGGCAACUAUGAGUGUGGCACCUCACACCAGCCAAGUGGUGGCUGUGUCUAACACAAACCCUCUACCUGCAGCCCUACCACUGGCAGACAACCAGCCCCGCAGACACAUCAGCCAAGUGAUGGCUGUGUCUAACACAAGCCCUCUACCUGCAGCCCUACCACUGGCAGACAACCAGCCCCGCAGACACAUCAGCCAAGUGAUGGUUGUGUCUAACACAAACCCUCUACCUGCAGCCCUACCACUGGCAGACAACCAGCCCCGCAGACACAUCAGCCAAGUGAUGGCUGUGUCUAACACAAACCCUCUACCUGCAGCCCUACCACUGGCAGACAACCAGCCCCACAGACACAUCAGCCAAGUGAUGGCUGUGUCUAACACAAACCCUCUACCUGCAGCCCUACCACUGGCAGACAAACGCCCCCGCGCCACCUCCACUGUUGUUUCUGGAGAACAUAAUGACACAUUGUUUCAUCAUUGUUCUACAAGCCGUCAAAUCUCAGCAACGUUAAAUCAAGUAAAACCGUAUGUUCACAACAACCAACUCUACUCAAAUGGAGAAACAAAUGAAAUUUUUGGCCGGAUGUACUCCUUUCAAGAUCAGCAUGAUUACAGGCCUUUUGAAAGAUAUCAGCUUGAAAGUCAGACAGCAAUGACUUCUUUUCCUAAUGCUAACAACUUUAUGGGAGUACAGAACAAUUGCCAAGUAUCAGAGACUUUCUUUGGUUCACAACAAGCUUAUAUUGCUUAUGACAGAUCAUCGACACACAAUGUGAGUAAACCAUUCAUCUUAUUGGAUUAGAAAUAUUAUCCACUCAUGUCCAUAUUUAAAUAAUACUCUUUUUUUAACUGAUUAUCGUGUGGGGAGCGAGCUGGCCUAGUGGUAGAGUGCAGGCUUCAGAGCCCGAUGUUCCGGGUUAUCCCGCCAAUUACCAAUGAAUUUUAUCCAUGUGAUAAUGUAAUGCCGCGACUCUCUAGGACUGGUCUGAUCUGAAGUAAUGUGUCCGGGCCAGAACCUAGCGUC